AUGGCGGACAACAACCAAGGCUGCAAGAUCACCCUAUACUGGCUCGAACAAUCUCGAAGCCACCGCAUCCUCUGGCUGCUGGAGGAACUCAAGCUCAAGUAUGAGCUCAAGACCUUCAAGCGCCGCGCCGACAAACUCGCACCACCCGAGCUGAAGAAGGUCCACCCCCUCGGCAAGUCACCGGUCAUCACCAUCGAAGCCCCCGGUUCCUCCUCGCCCAUGGUCCUCGCAGAAUCCGGCGCGAUCGUAGAGUACCUCUGCGAUCACUUCGGAAAGGCCAACCCGUCGCUCGUUCCCGAGCGCUACAUUGCAGGCAAGGAAGGACAAGUCGGUGGCGAACGUGAAGAGUUCAUGCGUUACCGCUAUUUCAUGCACUACGUUGAAGGAAGUCUGAUGCCAUUUUUGGUUAUGAGUCUUGUGAAUGAUACUAUUCGGAACUCGCCACCCUUCUUCAUUCGCCCGAUUACCGGCCUCGUCGCUUCGCAGGUUGAGGCGUCUUUCCUUAAUCGGAAUAUUCAGGGGAACCUUGAUUUCCUUGAGGAUCAGCUCAAGACGGCACCGGAGGGUGGCCCUUGGAUCUGUGGAAAGGAUUUGACAGCUGCGGAUAUCUUGUUGAGUUUCCCGGCUAUCGCUGCUAGUGGGCGUUUGCUGAAGGAGCAGAAGAUGCGAGAGAAGUAUCCUCUGCUUGCUUCUUAUGCUGAGCGUUUGCAGGAGGUAGAGGGGUACAAGACUGCCGUCAAGAAGAUUGAGGCGGCUGAGGGAAGUUUCUCGGCUUCUAUGUGA